AUGUUCUAUGGUAAGACAGACCACUUGCCAUAUUCUAAAGAAAGACAGACCACUUGCCAUAUUCUAAAGAAAGACCGACCACUUGCCUUGUUCUAUGAUUUUUCUUUGCAAAUACUUACAGAUGACCAGGAGACAUACGAGGCCUUUAAAGCACACUUUGAUGAGCAGCUGUCUAUCUACCGAUCUAUUGUGGCCAUCAACCUUGCAGAGCUCUGUGGUAAAGAGAAAGCCAUUAGUGAUGCCUACCUCAAACAUCUCCUCACCUACAACUCUCCCGACAUCACCUACGUGAUGUUUGACUUCCACGAGUAUUGUCGCGGCAUGAAAUUUGAAAAUGUUUCUAUACUAACUGAUGGCAUUAAUGAUAUCCUGAAGAAGAUGAGGUACUGUUGGGUUGACAAAAAAGGAAUGAUUUGUGAGCAGCGUGGAGUGUUCCGUGAAAACUGUGUAGAUUGUCUAGACCGCACCAAUGUUGUACAAACAGCGAUAGCUAGGAUCGUCAUGGAAACACAGUGUAGAAAGCUGGGAAUUCUGGCUCCAGAGGAGAACUUGCCACAGAGCUGCAAACUCACCUUCCAGCAACUGUGGGCCAACAAUGGUGACGUCAUUAGUAGGCAGUAUGCUGGGACAGCAGCUCUCAAGGGUGACUUUACCAGAACGGGUGAACGAAAGUUUUCUGGGAUGAUGAAAGAUGGAAUGAACUCGGCAAACAGGUACUACCUGCGGUUCAAAGAUAGUUACCGCCAGGCCUCCAUAGAUCUGACUCUGGGUCGCCCAGUUACCAUGGAGGAGUUCCUGUUGCUAGGCAACAGCAGCCCAGAAGAGGAGGAGGAUGUUGCAGAGCUGAUGGAGAAGGAACAGAAUCUCAAACUCCUGGUGGAAGAAUGUAAAGAGAUGUUGAUUGUUGAACCAGAACAAUGUCUUGGAGGUUGGAGUCUUAUCAAUGCUGACCCUGUGUGUGGUGACCCAGACCGAUCAGACAUGGAUAUGAUUCUUCUCCUGUCCCAGAGAGCUGUCUAUGUUGCCUGGUAUGAUGAUGAAGAGGAACAGCUCGUUCAAUACCAGAGAAUAUUUCUAGAGGAUAUAGAAAACAUAGAAAUAGGUUUAGAGCCCUCUUUAUUCAAGUCAAAAUUCGUGUGUAUGAGAUUGCACUACACCAACUUUGCAGAGGAUGGGUUUUUUCACACUUUCCGAACGCCCCGAACACGUCUCUUUAACAAUAUGGUUAUUGCUGUCCGCAACCAGGAGGAAUCUCGAGAAUCCCUGAAGGCUAUCCACCAGGCUUUCGCUGCAGCCAGACAGAUAUUUUCUCUGGAUCUGGAAGCUGUUGACAGACAGAAACUUGACCGGAAGAAGACUAAACCCCAUCCUGAAGUCCAGGAUAUUCAUAAACAACAACAAGAGAAUGCCUUGACAGGCAUCCAUAUUCCUCGCGAUAUUUCCUCUCCAGACCUUACCUACAAACACAAGGGCUUAGUGUCACCUGACUUCCAGAGAAAGGGCCAUAGGUCUCCUGACAUCCAACGACAGGGCCUUAGUCCAAACUCACCUGGUACAAGUGGCAACACUUCUCCAUCGACCAGCCCCGGCCGACUACGUCACAAUAUCUUACCUAACUUCGCAAAUGUCAGGAAAAGUCUUAAUUCAGGAAUCAAACUUAACUUUAAUGUACCAAAGUUUAGUUUACAAAAUGUAAGUCUAUCAAAGAGGUUCGGAAGUGCAAAAUCAAAAGAGGAUAUUGUAGAUGGAAGUAAUAACUCUGAUGACGUGAUUGCUGAUGAGCUCACACAGAAGAAAUCAAAACCAGCACUGGUGAAGGAGAGAACAUACAGUCAGGACGACUCCACUGUAGGCACCUCCACAUCAUCAUUUGAUGAGACUAUCCAAGCAGAUGAUGACAACAUUAUGUUGGAUAGUUGUGGUAUCAUUACAAAAUGUCAUCUGGGGUCAAGCAUUGAUGAGCCUGAGGAAUCUUCUGAAUGUUUGAAAGAGAUAGAGCAAGAAGUUGAUUCACUAAAACUUCAACAGGACAUUGAAGAUCAGUCUGAUGAGACCAAAGAUAAUGCAAAAGAUGUUUUACAUAAAGAAGAGGAUGCUGAAGGUGAUGAUGAUGCAUUUUUAGUUAUAGAAGAUUCAGAUGUAGAGAAACUCCUUGCAAGCAGUUCAAAGACAGUGCCAAAGAUUCAGACAGAAGAGACUGUAUCUAGUAUUAAAGUGCCAAAGAUUGUAACAUCGGCAGCAAAAACCCGCAAACUACAACGAAUCAUGGAUAUCCUACAGGAGGAUAUCAGCGAAAUGUUGGAGGGAAAGACGUGCCUCACACAGAUUGUAAUUGUAUGA